UAUUGUGAGAAUUACUGCUGAAUGCAGUCAUGAAAACCGGCUGUAAUUUUAUUCAGCUAUUCUAAAAACAAAAUAGUUAAUACUUCAAUAACCUUAUGUGGUUUUCAGUAUUAAUCGCUAAUUGCAAUAGUUUAGAGGUGCAUUAUUUUUCUCCGUUUCAAUAAAAAGACAAUGGAUAUCCCGAAUAAAUUGCCAGCAUGGAUUAAAGCGGAAUUAUUUGAAAAUGUCAUCAAAGAGGCUGUAGGAGAUUAUAAAAGAAUUCAAAAUUUUGUGGUUUGUAACGCUCUAGGACCGGGCGAGAAUUAUGCCACCAUAAUGCUGAGGGUGAAACUGGAGCUGGUGCUUCCAGAUGAUUCCAGUAGAGAACAAACAUUUAUGCUAAAAAUAGCUCGGGACAGUCAAAUGUAUCGUGAGCAAAUGUCAAAAUUAGAACUCUUUAAGACCGAAUUGGGCAUGUAUCGUGAUGUGGUGCCAGAGUUUGAGGAAUUCUAUCGGAAUAAAGGUGUUAAUAUACGUUUCGGUGCCAAGCUGUAUAACUUACCUGUUGCUAAUGAAGAAUAUCUUCUCUUGGAAGAUCUUUCAACAAGUGGUUUUCGUAAUGUCAAACGUCAGAAUGGUUUGGAUAAAGAGCAUGCCAAGGCUGUUCUCAAAAAGUUAGCUCAGUGGCAUGCCGCCUCCGCUGUAAGGGUGGCCGAGAGGGGAAGCUAUGACAAAAUCUAUAUGGAUGGCUUCUUUAAUGGCAGCUACAUGAAAUCCACCGAGGAUGUGUUUGAUGGUAUGAUACCCUAUAUCUUGGCUGUCAUACGUAAACUACCCCAUCACGAGGAGUAUUAUGGAAAAUUUGAAAAUAAGUUAAGAAAUUUAAAUCAAUAUCUCACCGAAGAAAUAAUUGAAAAUCCGCAUGAUGGAGAAUUUAAAGUCCUCAAUCAUGGAGAUUUUUGGUGUAACAACAUCAUGUUUCAAUACAAUGAGGAAAAUCAGUUGCAAGAAACCUAUUUCGUGGACUAUCAAAUGCCUCGCUACGGUUCGGUGGCCCAGGAUUUGUAUUAUUUUCUGCUGUCCUCAACCAAGUUGGAAAUAAAAGUUAAUUGUUUUGAUGAGCUGAUUCGUUAUUAUCAUGAACAAUUAAUUGAACAUUUGAAAAUUUUGGAAUAUUCUAAGCCAAUGCCAACUUUGAGGGGUAUCCAUCAGUCCCUGCUGAAACAAAGUGUUUGGGCCCUCCUUACCAUGUGUUGCAUUAUGUCCGGUGUCUUGUGUGAUCCCACCGAUGUUGCCAGCAUGGAAAAUUUUAUUGGAAAUUCCGAAGAUGGAGAUAAAUUUAAACAGCUGUUGUAUUUUAAUGACCGUUAUCUAAAACAUUUGGAAAUAAUUUUACCCUGGCUACAUAACAGAGGUGUUUUAGACCCUUGAAUGUGAACUAUAAAGAAGUGUAAUUACAAAUAUAAUUGUUCAUUUAGAAAUCUUUGUAAUAUAAAUAAUAUUUGUGCUCAUACUCACCAUAUAUUUGUGAAACUCAUUUAGAUGUUUGCUACAAAUUUUCACGAAAUAAUUUUUUUAACAAUUUUAAAUUUAGUU